AUGUCGUCCAACUCUGACUCGUCCCACCGAAUUGACCCAUACUCUACAUCCCCAUCUUUCUCUGCUAAAGCGAGUGACCACUUCUUUCGACUUAUAGGCACUAUCCAGCAGAGAUAUAGAUUCGUCUCAGCUCUUAAGUUAAGAAACACUAUUAACAGGCUACACGAUGACCUUCUUACAAACAAAACCCGGGACCAGUACGCUCUUUUCCACAGUUUACCCCUAGAUUCUUGUUUGUCCAUCUCAGAAUCACUAUCGAAUGAGUUGAAAUUUGAGAGGUUUAAUCUUUUCCACACUAUUGGUGUUCUUGUCAUCCGUAUCAAACCAUCUAGUUACCAUGAACGUGCUAUCACAGAAAUCAACAAAAUAAUCAAUACGGAAUUAGCAGAUAUCGAUACCGAUGAAAGGUUCGUUGCGGAAGGCGCAUCGAAUACCCGAUUGGAGAAUUGGUAUAAGGAACCAGAUGCGGCAUUCAGUGCACGGGAGUUUAACGAAUUAGGAGCAUCUUUGGUAAUUGAAGUGGGAAUGGCUGAGUCUAUGAAUCGGCUAAUCAUUGAUGCUGAUGGAUGGCUACAAAACUCACCUUUUUUGACGGUAUUACAAUCGAUAUCAACCAGGAUGACCGCAGUAUGA